GGCAUGAGUAUAAAAGCGACGGAUGAGCCGGAGUGCGCCAUACUUUCCACAGGUAGCUCCAACAUGAAAGUUCUUAUUGUCUUCGCCUUGGCCUUGGCCUACGCCUCGGGAUCGGCCCUGCGCGCCGCUUCGUCCCCGGAUGGACGCAUCACCCACGGCGAGGAUGCCCGCACCGACCAGUUCCCCUACCAAGUGGGACUAUCCCUGAAGAUUGGCUCCUCCUCGGCCUGGUGCGGUGGCUCUUUGAUCGGCAACGAGUGGGUUCUGACCGCUGCUCACUGCACUGAUGGUGUCGACUCCGUCGAGGUUUAUCUGGGCAGCACUGUCCGUUCUAGCCCCAAGGUCAAGCACCAUGUCAGCAGGGACGACAUCAUCAUCCACGCCGACUGGAACAGCCGCACUCUGAGGAACGACAUCUCCCUGAUCCGCAUUCCCCGCGUGGAGUACAGCUCGGCCAUCGACCGCGUUGAGCUGCCCAAGCACGAGUCCCACUACUCUUCCUACGAUGGCGAUGAGGUGAUUGCCUCCGGCUGGGGCCGCACUUCUGAUGCCGCCAGCGCCGUGGCCGCUCAUCUGCAGUACGCCCACAUGAAGGUCAUCUCCAACAGCGAGUGCAAGCGCACUUAUCUGACCACCAUCCGUGACUCCAACAUCUGCGUCUCCACGCCUGCCGGUGUUUCCACCUGCAACGGUGACUCUGGCGGCCCUCUGGUCCUGGCCAGCAGCAAGGUCCAGGUUGGUCUUACCUCCUUUGGCUCCGCCGCUGGCUGCGAGAAGGAGUACCCGGCUGUCUUCACCCGCGUCACCAGCUACUUGGACUGGAUCAAGGAGCACACCGGCAUCUAAGCUGCUGGCGACUCUUUAGCUUUGAUUAUUAAAAGUUCUUAAUAGUUUUUGAACAUAAAA